GCCAUGGGCAGGGGCAACUGGGACUGUAGGCCGUGGGAAGGACUGGGGGAGACUGGGUCCAGAAGGGUAGAAGAAGGCAGGCAGUGGGAUGGGGAGGGGACAGGGGGCAGGUCCUGGACAGAAGGGCCACGGGACAGGGUGUGGGUUCCCUGUUGUCAGGGCCAAGUGAACUAUGGUGAUCCAGCCGUCCCUGCUGCUGCUUCUGCUGUUGACCCUACAGGAUGGGGACGGCUGCCAGGGGCCGGAACUGGUGCGGGAGCUUGUCCUGGCCAAGGUGAAGGCCCUGAUCCUAGAUGCCUUGGGGCCCCCAGCCACAGCCGGGGAAGGUGGGAGUCCCGAAAUAAGGCGGCUGCCCCGGAGACACGCCCUGGGGGGCUUCAUGCACAGGACCUCUGAACCAGAGGAGGAGGAUGUCUCCCAGGUCAUCCUCUUCCCAGCCACAGGUGCCACCUGCGAGGACCAGCCAGCUGCCGGAGGGCUUGCCCAGGAGGCUGAAGAAGGCCUCUUCACUUAUGUGUUCCGGCCAUCCCAACACAUGCGCAGCCACCAGGUGACUUCAGCCCAGCUGUGGUUCCACACGGGGCUAGACAGGAAGAACACAGUGGCCUCCAAUGGUUCUGCGCCCCUUCUAGACCUGCUGGUGCUGUCAUCUGGGGGGCCCACGGCUGUGCCUGUGACCUUGGGACAGGGCCCUCCUCGCUGGGCUGUACUGCACCUGGAGACCUCUGCCCUCCCUCUGCUGACCCACCCCAUCCUUGUCUUGCUGCUUCGAUGCCCACUCUGUUCCUGCUCAGCCCGGCCCGAGACCACGCCUUUCCUGGUGGCCCACACUAGGGCUAGACCACCCAGUGCGGGGGAGAGGGCCCGCCGUUCGACUCCCUCGAUGCCCUGGCCUUGGUCUCCUGCCGCUUUGCGUCUGCUGCAGAGGCCUCCCGAGGAACCCGCUGCGCAUGCCCACUGCCAUCGAGCUGCGCUCAACAUCUCCUUCCAGGAGCUGGGCUGGGACCGCUGGAUUGUGCACCCUCCUAGUUUUAUCUUCCACUAUUGCCAUGGUAGCUGUGGGGUGCCCACGUCUGACCUGCCCCUGCCGCCGGUCCCUGGGGUGCCCCCUACCCCUGCUCAGCCCCUGUUUCUGGUGCCAGGGGCCAAGCCCUGCUGUGCCGCUCUGCCAGGGAGCAUGAGGUCCCUUCGUGUCCGAACCACCUCAGAUGGAGGUUACUCUUUCAAGUAUGAGAUGGUACCCAACCUUAUUACACAACACUGUGCGUGUAUCUGAAAGCAUCUUGUUUCCUCAUCCAUCCCACAGCCGAUGGCCGCCGUCAUCAGCUAGGAGGAAAGCAGGAGGUGGAAAACAGACAGUUUCCGUGUCCUCUUCCCUACACUUUUCUGUCUGAGGGCGCCAUACCCUAUUCCAUCCUGCUCUUGAGGAUAACAAUAAAUAAAGAAGAGUGUGUGACUUGGCA